UCAUACUUCUUCUCUUUUCCAUACCCUCUUUCUUCAGACCCAUCUCAACGUUCUUCAGAAAUAUGUCGGAAAUCGCAGCCCUGGAGGCUGAGGUCAAGGAGUUCAAGCUUCAGCUUGAAACCGUCCAAUCGAGUUUGCAGGUAGACCCAGACAACACAGAAUUGCAAAGUCUCAAAACUGAGCUGGAAGAACUUAUAAACCUUACCGAAACAUCCAUCGCCGAACUGAAACCGCCAGCGCCACCAGCAGUACCCCAACCAGCCGCGGCGAAGGAUAAAGGAGCGAAGGACAGUUAUAGCACACAGAGCAACUAUCGCAAACCGACCGCUGAGCAGCCCGAUGAACCGGCACCAUCCUACCAGUCGUCCUUCUCCGUCAACGAAAACGUUCUUGCGCGCUGGGUAUCGGGCGAUAACUCGUUCUAUCCCGCGCGCAUCACCUCCAUCACCGGCUCCUCGAGCAACCCCGUCUACCUCGUUUCGUUCAAGUCGUACGGGACAGUGGAAUCUCUGACUUCCAAGGACAUUCGGCCAAUCUCCAGCAAUGACUCGCGUAAGCGCAAGGCUGAUGCAGGCUCAGGCAAUUCUUCUUCCCAAUCACCGGCACCCCAGCCAUCCCACUCGAGCGUGAUUUCUGCGGCGGCGGACAUCAACCCUGCGUUGGCCAACCAGGCGCGUCAAGAGCCGACCAAGGUGAGCGAGGGGUCCGCACGGCCUACCAAGGCCGCCCGCAAGGUGAAGGCCAACAAGGAGCUGGAGGCGGGCAAGAUGAAGUGGAAGGAUUUUGCCAGCAAAGGGAAACUCGGACGCAAGAAGGAGAGCAUGUUCCGAACAGGAGACGGAUUGAAUGCUCGAGUGGGCUUUACGGGGUCCGGCCAACAGAUGCGCAAAGAUCCGACGCGAUCGCGACACGUCUACCAGCAAGGCGAGGAAGAAGGAUACUAGUUCUCUGAGUGUUGAUCGAUGGGAUACAUCCCGCCGUUACCUCGUGUCCUCUACCAUGUAUCACAUCGCUAACGGGCUAUGGUGACAGAUCUAGUGCAAGUCGAUCCUGUCGCAGGAGCGGGGGAGCGAUCGUCGAUGUCCACACUUGAUGUGGUAGGAUACCAAAAUUUCUGAUAACGAAGGACUUUCUCUUUGUAAUUUAUUCCAUUCUUAUUCUAUUUAUUAUUACUGCCAUGA